AUUCAAGUUGUGUCAAAACAAUGUAUUUUGCUGUAGUGGGUUUGAAAAGGUCCACUGGAAAGCCAUCUUUUUUGCUUUUGGUGGCCAAGAGCAGGGAGGAGCAAAGCGGCGGCGCCACCAAAUGAGAUCUGAUCAUGGACUUUUAUUGUGGCAUUGGCAAGAUCAAGAGACAUCAGCUGAAAUACGACAAUGGUCUCGCAAUCAAACACAUCUUUCACUUGUUUCCAUGAGUCAAACUGGUCUAUUUCCCAGUAUAAUCAUUUUUUUCCCUGGUCUUCUUCGUACCUUGGGUAGGCAAAGACAAUGGCCACUUACACCGAUGUGCCUGGCAUUCAUCGCGGCACCAAGCUCCGCGCAUGUAAGGGCAGCCAUGGCGAGACACCACUCUUGGGAACCGGGACGUUUCUCCCUUGCGUCCAAAAGCACCAAAUAGCUAGCGUUGCUAGCAGCUGUUUUAGGCCCUUUUGAUUAAAGGUCUACGGCAACAACGGCCCAGAAAAUAAAGUAAUGUCUCUGGUAUAUUUUUUUUUUCUUUUUUUAUACUGUACAGGUUUUGCCAUGGUGCAAUGGCCACUUUAC